AUGGCUCCGAAGGACGACGUCGAGGCUAAGCCGGCCUGCCAUCCUCGCGCAUGCGCUAUUCAGAACUGUCUCACCAGCAACGGAUACAACGAGGCCAAAUGUCAAACAGUAAUCAAGCAGCUCUACGAAUGCUGCGAGAGCUUUUACGAACGCUACGGUGAACAAGCAUCUACUGUGAGCUGUCCAAAGCCCAAUUUGCUGAAGCUCAAAAUGAAGCAACUCCGGGAGGAAGGGAAGUGA